UUCCUCUACACAGUAGUACCGCUACUCCUGAUCUUAUUUGAUGAAAGUUUGGAUAUUUUUUGCGUUAACAGAUGAUUUGAUGCGACACCUGGAUAACAUCUGCAAUCUGGAAGGCUGAUUUUUAGCUUGAUGUCUCUCAUUUGGCUGACGCUGUUGUUCUCAGCUCAUCUGGCUGAAUGUGUGCCAGAGAAGCCAAAGAGAUCAGCUCUGAACCAGCUGACCAGGACCCUCCUCAGGAAAUACGACUGCGGAGUUCGACCUGUUUACAACUGGACCAGUCUCACCACUGUCUACAUAGACCUCAUACUACAGUCGGUCCUUGACGUGGAUGGAAACACCCAAAGCAUAACUACAAGUAUUUGGUACAGACAGAUCUGGACGGAUGAGUUCCUGGUUUGGGACCCAGAGGAGUUCGAUGGUAUCAAUGAGAUCUCACUGUCAUCUGAUGCCAUCUGGGUACCUGAUGUCAUUGUUAGUGAAUUUGUGGACGAGGGGAAGUCCCCUACGAUCCCCUACGUGUACGUCAACUCCUCCGGCUCAGUGAAGAACUACCGGCCCAUGCAGGUGGUGGUGGCCUGCAGCCUGGAGAUGUACGCCUUUCCAUUUGACAAGCAGAACUGCAGCCUUACGUUCCGCAGCUGGCUUCACUCAGUGAAGGAGAUAGACCUGGCUCUGUGGAGGAGCGCAGAGGCCAUCGCUAAUGAUAAGAGGGAGUUCAUGAAUGAUGGAGAAUGGGAGCUGUUGUCCAUUCCCUCCCACUACUGGAUAAUUCACCAAGACAACACCGACUACGCCCACAUCCAGUUCAAUGUGUUGAUCCGCCGGCGCCCCCUGCUGUAUGUGGUGGGUCUCCUCAUCCCCAGCAUCUUCCUCAUGCUGGUGGAUGUGAUCAGCUUCUACCUGCCUCUGAACAGCGGCACGCGCAUCGUCUUCAAGAUCAGCAUACUGCUGGGCUACACCGUCUUCAGGGUCAACAUGACAGACGAGCUGCCUUCCACUGCAGUCAGAACUCCGCUCAUAGGUGUGUUCUUCGUGGUGUGCAUGGCUCUACUGAUGCUCAGCCUGAUAAAGUCCAUACUGGUGGUGAAACUGCUCCACCACAGCGAGGAGGAGGUCAAGCAGAUGUCAGUGUCGGCCUGCCUGCUGGACAAGUACGGCUCAACUGGUCAGGGCUUCGCUGAGAGCGCCUUAACCUCCAUCAAAACCCUCGACUACAUCAACUCGUCCGGAGAUUAUGAGCUGGAGCCCUCACUGGAAGAGGAUCUGCUGUCCCUGAAUGAGAUCCAAAAUCCUCCCUCUGCUCUGGAGUGGGUUCUCCAGGAGCUGGCGUCCCUCCGCCAGGCCUUAUCCGAGGACGACACGGAGUCUUCGACUCAGGCCGAGUGGCUGGCUCUGUGCUCCAAGCUCGACUGCUUCCUGUUCCGCUUUUACUUGUUGGUUGUGGUUGUGUAUGCCAGUACUCUGCUGCUGCUCUGGGCCAGCUGGAGCUUCGCCUGACCACGCAGACAGAGACAUAAUGCCUGCACUUCUUAUUUAUGGUGUUUACCAUAUUUACAGUGAUUCAGGAUGCAGUACUUUAAUCUGUGUUGGAAAUAUCGACAAUGUGUAUUUAAAAUGUACUGUACUUCAAAAAGUUUAAUAAACAGAAUAUAAUAGAGGAUACACUUUAUACUGUAUUCUAAUGUUGUUAACCAAUGCUUUUAAAUGGAUAUUAUUGCAUCACUUUAUCUUAUUUUUGUAGUUUUUGCGGUUGUAUUAAUCACUCAUGAUAACUCUGCACUCAUCAGUAAUCGCUAACAGCUGAGAGCACAGACGUUGUUGCACGAGCAAUCAGAACGUUAGACAGGCUGUAAACAGUUUAUCCAGCACAGCAUUAGUUCACUGCAGUCGCAAUCAGCUGAUCAGCAUCAGGCUUACUGAUCUAUCAUAUAUUUACAACAACAGUAUUAUCCAAUCAUAUUCAUACAAGGGUUUUAGGUGGCCUAGUUAUCUCAGGACACUUUUCAAAUAGAGCAGGUCUAGACCGAACUCUUUAAAACAUUAUUUACUUUAUUUUAUUUAUAUUCGUGCCUCUCUCUGUAUUUGAUGCUGUAAGUGUUUGUGCAUUAGCUCUCUUAGCAGAAUGUUACAAAGUACUAUACAAUAGUAUAAUUUAAGGUACUUUCAUUUAAGGCAUUUCCAUUUUCUGCUACUUUAUACUUCUAUUCCACAACAAUUCAGAGGGAAAUAUUGUACUUUUCACUCCACUACAUUUAUUUUAUACCUUUAAUUACUUACUUAUUCAGACUAAUAAUACAAAAUAUAAUCAACAAAUAAAGUAUUACGCAUUAACUUGGACAAAGAUAAGACUUGAUUGAUCCCUCAGUGAAAUCCACCAGCUAUCUGGCAGUAUAUAAUAGUACAAAAAUAACUGCAACAUGAAAGUAAUGUAUAUAUUAAUACAUAAAUAAUUUCAUCCUUUUACUUUUAGUAUUUUUAAGUAUAUUUUGAUGCUAAUACUUUUGUAUAUUUAUUUAAAUACAAUUUUGAAUGCAGGACUUUUACUAGUAACAGUAAGUGUUUCUGAGGCAUUGCUACUAUACUUUGUUUUACUGUAGCGCUCCUUCAAACAGCCUUUUCCUGCCAAAUCUAACCAUUGACUGAAAUCACUCUAUUUAUGUUUGUAAUAAUCUCUCACUGCACUGACAAAUCCUUUUACUUUUUUACUUUGUUUUCUAUUUCAAAUAAGUUUAACUUAUCUGUUAGUUCACAACCUAUCUGCUUUCUUUCCCCCAGUUGAUCUAUUUUUUGUAAAGUCAUGUG